UACUAUAAAGGGGAGCUGAAUCAUCAUCCAUUUUGAAGCUAACUUGUUGGUAUUCGCUAUUGGAUUAGCACUGAUUUCUUGACAUAUUUGUGGAUCGAUUCCGACCUAAUUUUCAGAAAAAUGGGUGGUUGUGCUGCACCAAAUUGUUCGAAUCAGUCUAAAAAUAACUUUAGGAUGUUUCGUUUCCCUAGAAAUGAAGAAAGACGAAGAAAAUGGAUAGUUAAUUCUCGUCGAGAUCAAUGGAUCCCGGGCCCAGGAGCGUAUCUUUGUGAGGUACAUUUUGAAGAAAAUCAAUUUGAAUGCUCUAGGCAAGAUGGGCGUAAAAAACUCAAGCCCAAUGCUGUGCCAACUCUUUUCAAUGUGCCUAAUCCCCCACAACUGUUGACCCCACAGCGUCUAAAAGGCAUUGGUUUACCAAAGCACCGUUCAGUUACAUCCAAUUUUUGUAAUGGUGGCUUGCUGCACAGUUUACCUUUAUCAACUGAAGCGAUUUCUGUUGCUGAACCAUCUGUUGUUCAUUUGCCACAACCUUCAGCUUCAUAUUUUGGAGAAAUAAAUUUUGCUGCCGAAGUAUCUGAUGUUUGUUUGCAAGAACAAGCUUCAACUUCAUCUUGUGAUAAAAUGCCAUCUAUUUGUGAAGGAUCUCAUGUUUGUUUGCAAGAACAGCCUUUAGCCUCAUUUUGCAAUGAAAUACCAUCUAUUUGUGAAGGCUCUGAUGAUGUUCUUUUAAGGAAUUUUAUAAAACAGCAGACUGAAUUGAUCUCGCUUCUGCAAUGCCAGAACAAAAUAUUACUGAAAGAACUUACAGCAACCAAAAAAAAAAUGAAAUUAAUGUUUUAAAAAAAAAUGGCAUAGCACUGAAAUUCAACUUCAUGACCUUCAAGUACAGCAUGAGGAAUUGCUGAAAGGAGUGAAAACAUUUCUUUCAGAUGAACAAAUAGCAAUGUUGAAAAUUCCUCGUAGAAGCAUUGCAAAAUGGUCUAACGAGGGAAUAAUAAAAGGCCUCAAAGUUAGAUUUGCCUUGGGCAAGCAUGGUUAUAAUUACUUGCACAGAAUAGGUUUUCCGUGCCUUCAUACAGCACUUUAAAUAAAAGACUUCAAGGUCUUGAAAUGAAUUUUGGAGUCAUCAGUGAGAUGAUUGAACCUUUGAAAAUUAAAGGAGAAAAAAUGAAUGCUAGUGAUAAAGACUGUAUUUUAUCAUUGGAUGAAAUGGAGAUUUCUGGCAAUCCUGAUUUUGAUAUUUCAAAACGUAAAUUUAUUGGUAAAUGUACAUUAGGAAAUCAAAAGGGUGCAGGAAAUCACUAUUUAGUUAUUUUACUAAGAGGUUUGAAGCUGAAAUGGAAGCAAGUGGUUGCCCAUGAGAUAACUGGACAGGUAACAGGAUGCCAG